CCGCUCUCACAGUGUGUUGUCGCCUUUACUCGCCGAAGCUCGCGCAGUUCGUCGCACUUUCGUUUCCAGCACGCGACUUACGAUUCCUUUGCUGCGAAGUAAAUGAAAAUAAAACUGUUCGAAAUUCAAUUUUUAAAAACAAAAUAAGACUGAGUUUUCCUGUGUACAGCUAGAGAAUUGAAGAUGCUUUAAUGUUUUUUAUUUGAUUUUUGAAAUUAUUUUGCAAGUUAUCCCGGUUCCCGGUUUAAUCGUUUCAGAUUCAAGUGCUGUGCAUGGACGGGCAUGAUGCGUGUGCCGCUGUUUCUUCUGUUUACCGCCGCCUGCACCCUUGCCACCGACUCCAAUGAAGAAGAACGGCGAUCUAAGCUGCCGUUCGUUGCAGACGCUGUAGGAAAUGCUCUACCUCCACCUUCAAAUGUACCAGCGACUGUUGGGAGUCCUGUAAAUCUUUUGACUCCAGAUCGAUAUGAAUUCUACACUUUUGACGAAUCUGGAGAACUCGUCAAGAGACUAAUGACCUUAGAACAAAUACAGGCUAUAGUUGCUGCAGGUGAAGAUGCCGAUGGCUUAGUUACAUUCGCUAAUGACAAUCAACCAACUAUUGCUUUUAAUUUUAGCCAACCUCCUUACACAAAAGUACACAAUGUAGUCACUAACGUACAAAACGUAUUAAAAGCUCAAAUGGAAGCUCAUAAAAACAAACCUCAAAUUCAACCUACUUUGGAUACACCUGAUGUUUCAGAUUCAUGGAGUCUUAUUUUGCCAUCGAUAUUUGGUAAUACUGGUAGCGUCGACAUUGUUCCCGACAAAAUUCAAUACACAGGCACAUUUACUACUCCAGAGACAGAAACUAUAGAAUUUACUCAUGACAUGGAUGUAAAUGAAAAUUCAAUAGGUAAAGAAGGUAGUAAUAACUUAAUAACUUCAACAGUUACAGUAGACGAAGCACCUAAAAUCGUACCCGUUACUGAAAAAUUAUAUCCAAUGACUGAAGAAGAGAAAGUUGUACCAACAAAAGUCACAACUACUACUAAUAAACCAAUCACGACUAAUAAGCCGACAACAGUAAAACCAUCUACUGCGAAAAAGCCAAUUACUACUAAUAAACCUACUUCUACUACCAAAAAAAUAGUAACAUCAAGUACAACAAUAACUGCCAAACCCUUUACUACUACUACUACUACAACACCUAAAUCGAUAAUUACGACUACCACUUCUAGUAAGCCGAUAAUUACAACUACAAUAAAAUCAACAACUUCUACAGAAAAAACUAAAACAACAUCAAAUACGCCAAAAAUUACAAUUGCAAAUACUGAGCCACGAAUUACUAAUUCAACAACUGCUAAACCACGCACAACUACAACAUCCUAUCAGUCAACUACGACUUCUGAGACAGUAGUAAAAAUAACUCCUAAAACUACGACUGUAGAACCCAUGAUGCAUACUCAAAAAUAUUCUGAGCAUAAUUUCAACAAAAUUCAAAUUCAAACAAUCUCCAACAAUGCUUCUGCAAUAAAAAAUAGUAGUAUCCAAAAUGAAAAAAUAAGCACAUUUAUUCCGACUUCAACAGCUGCUUAUAUCAUAGCCCAGACUACAGAUAAGCCAUUGAAAACUAUGAAACCUGACGUUACAUUUGCCAGUACAACUAAGAGAGCAGUUACAACACCUACUAAAAUAGCAAUUCCUACGACUGUAAAAUCUCAAACAAUGACAUCAACAAUCAAACCAUCAACAAACAACUAUAUUUCUAUUUCUACUACAGUGACACCAAUUCAAAAAGAAAAUGAGAAGAUAAAUACUACUACUGUAACUACUCAGUCCGUAUCGCCUUCUACUACAGUGUCCUCUACAGAAUUAAUACAUACAAACAACAUGAAUGAUUUGAAUGUCCACCAAUCCGAAGCAGAAAUUUCUGAUAAAAAUAAACCAUUAUUUGAUGUAGCUCAAAGCAUUAGUCAAAUUGCAUCGGAUCUCGGUGGAAACUAUAGACCAAUUCCAACACCGAGUUAUGUAUUAGAUACAACUAAAGUUAAUGGAAUCGAUUUAGAAAGCAAGGAAAAUUUAGGAAUGGAUAUACCCAUUGACACAAGUACUGAUUCUGAAACGAAAUCCCCAAACAAUAACGAAAACUAUAUUCAUAAUUUUAUUAAAAUUUCUACUCUAGAUCCUCAUCAUCAAAAUGGCACUACAAAUAAAUUACCUGAAGAUCAUGUGUCGCAGAAUAUAAGUACAACUACAAUAGGAACGACAGAAAAAAUAGAAUCAACUACAGUAUUAUCUGAAAGAACAACAAUUGAUCCAAUCUUGUCAGAAUCUAUGGGUGAUUUAUUAUCGCAAAUAGUUAACCAAGCACCACAAACUAUUUUGACUUCGGAAAAAUAUUCUAAUGAUAUAAAAUUAGAAAUGACAGAAAGCAAUUUAGAAACUACAUCUAGUAAUUCUGUAGACGAUAAAACUACUGAAACGCCUUUUAUUAAUAGAGAACAAGAAAUAACAACUAUAUCCGCGGAAGAAAGUUCUAUUUUACCAAAUAUUAAAAAUAAAAUUGCAGGAGAAAUAAAUGAAACUAUUAUUGGUAUUCCAACUAAUGCAACCAUUUCAGAUAAUAAUGAUAAACAAAAAUAUGUCAAAGAAAAUAAUAAAAAUUAUAUUGAAAUCUCAGUAUCAAAUAAUAAAAAUAAUACAACAUUAGAAAAAGUAUCUAAUAUGACCAAUGGAAGCAUCGUGAAUACAGAAUCGGAGGACAAAAAUAUUCAUAACAUGAAUAAAACUAUUAAAAAACCUACAAUUACCUUAACAGAUGCUAAUAAAUUAGAAAUUACGACGGAAUUGUUAAAAACAUUUCCAUCUAAUACAGAACAAUUGUCUAAAACAGAAUCAACUACGAUUAAAUUUAGUACAUCAGCAGUAACAGAAAGUACUACAACAUUUGCACAGCCUAGUAAAAAUAAACUUGAAUCAAAUAACAACAAAUUAACUAAUAAUUAUAAAGAUAAACUUCAUGAAAUAUUGCCAAAAAUAGAUGAAUUCAAAAAGAAAAUUCAGAAAGUGAAUAUCGAUGAUAAAGAGCUGGUUGCUGAACGCAAUAAUUCUUGGAAGCUCAUACCGACUGUCGCGCCCCCUAAAUCUAAUGAAAUCCCUAAAGAUAAGUUUAAAAAUGAAGGCCAUCUUACUGCAAGUGCUCAUAAAGACAUCGUUUUAGAUUUUUCAAAAGAAAACCAAGGUCUAGAAGUUACAACAAAGGAUCUAGGGGAAGAUAUUUCUCAAUUCACAGAACUGUGUAAUGAGUUAGCAUUCCGAUAUUGGAAUACAAUUGUUGAAAAUAUCGAUAAAAGAAGAAGUUUUAUAUUGUCACCUUAUUCUAUAACUUCUAUGUUAGCUAUGAUGUUUAUGGGAGCAAGAGGUGCGACGUCUGGUGAAAUGAAUGAAAUUCUAAAAUUAGAUGAGAUGGUAACAUUUAAUCCACAUUUUACUUUAAAGAAUAUUUCCGAUUCUAUAGAAACUUCACCUGAAGCUGGUGUUAUAGUAUCUGCAUUUGUAAGGGAACUUUAUAGUGAUAGAAACAAAGGAAAAAUUUUGACAUUUUACAAAGAAAGAGCACAACACUUUUACAAUGGUCAUGUCGAAGAGAUAAACUUUAAAUUAAUUGGUGAUAUUAUAAGAAGAAGAACUAAUUUGCUAGUUAAAAGAUACACAUGGGGAAAAAUUCCUGAGUAUAUGAAAUCUAACUCUAUUCAUAUGCAACCGCCUUUAGCAGCAUUUUCUGCCAAUAUUUUCCAGACGGAUUGUUCGGGAUCAUCAGUCGAGGGAAGAGAUGGUGAAAUGUAUUUUGUAGUAUCACCCAAUGUGCGACAAAGACGACUAGUACCUGUACCAGCAGUUGUUUAUAAAAAGGGUUUUCUAGCCGGAUACGAUCCAGUACUAGAUGCUACAGCUGCUGCUUUAGGAAACACUAAUUCUGUCGUUAGUACAUUAUUUGUAAUGCCAGGGCAACAAGGGAACGUAGUACAUUCAGAAGAUUUGGAGGGUCUGGAGCAGCGUUUACUCGAUGCCAACCCAUCAACACCAGCUUGGAAUCGUUUAUUGCGUACUUUGCUUCCACGAAUUGGUCUAGAACUUCAAAUUCCAAGAUUUUCCCAUAAGUCUAUCUUCAAUGUUUCAUCAACAUUGCGAAAAAUGGGAUUAAAAGAUUUGUUUGAUUCAGAACAUGCAGACUUAGGCGGUUUGAAUGGGCCGUCAAAAGAUCUUUAUUUAUCUGAUAUGAUCCAAACUACUACAUUUGUUACCUGCGGAGAAGGUAUUGUAGGCGAUCAACAUCAUAUGGAAGAGUAUCCUGAAACAUUAGGAGUAGUAGCAAGACAUCGAACAUCUAGAUGGACAAAUGACUGGGAUGAGCCAAGGGAUUAUCAAAGAGCUUUCCAUGACCCGCAUGAUGUUGGUGAGGCCAUGCAUUUACCAUUACAUCUCCGCCCGCGUCAGGCGCGUCUUCCCGCAAGAGACGCUCAGCCAGCUCGAUUAAAAUUCGACAGGCCUUUCCUUUACUUUGUAAGACAUAAUCCUUCAGGUAUGAUAUUAUAUGUUGGUAGAUACAACCCACGGCUUCUACCAUGAAGACGCUAGAAAAAGACUGUUAGUUUAGUAGUGUAAUUAAAUAAUUCCUGCAAGGAAAGUGAUAAGGGAAUAUACUGGCGCGUGUGAUAUAUAUAUAUACAUAUAUGAAGAUGUUAAUUGACGAGCAUUUACGUGACAGUAUUACUUUUAAGUGUAUCGGUACAGUUGGACAGGUGUUAGCUGUAUGGUACUUUUAUCCGUAUCCUAAUUCAUAUCAAACUACGAGUAUGUGUACAAAAGGGCGGUAAUAAUGAUUUUUAUCAUUAAAUGAUUUUAGUAUAAUAGAAGGCAAAUAGGUGCCUAGUGUGUUCGAACAUGUCAUCUCGUUAUCAUUAAUUUCUACUUAGAAUAAAUUCGAUGUUUCGUGUAAGU